GUAAUUAAAAAUGUUGGCAAUUAUCUCAUCGCUGGUCAUGUCAUCCAAUCUAAGACCAGUUCCGGUGCUGAAGUGACUUCAAAUGAAAGUCAAUCCAAAUAUGCUUUAAAUGCUUUCGACUGCUAUUUGAUUGGAAAACAAACGUUUGAUAACAGGGAGUACUCGAAUGCAAAGCAAUGGCUGACAGAAGCGGUCGAUAGAUUGGAUGACAUGACCAGCGAUGAGAUAAUUGCCAACAUUUUUAAUUACCUGUCGUUUUGUGAACAGAAAAUUGGAAAACCAAGUGAAGCCCAAAAAUAUAAGAGACUGACGACAGCUAUAAAGUCAGACAUUGAGACAAAUGAGUUGAUAUCAAAGAUGAAGGUUUUUAACGACACGAAUACAACUUCGUUUGGUCUCAAAGAUAAACCGAUUUAUGAAUCGUUUGCAAACGUAUAUGAAUUAUGUCGCGGAGAAAGACAUAUGAAUGACUCGAUUGCCGCGAAACUCAAGUGUUUUCACUUAAACACCGUUUUUACGGUUGACUCGCAUUAA